UUCUUCGUUGGUCGUCGAUCGAUUUGUGUGUUUCUCAGUUCCUGAUUGCUCCCGAAUGGCGUCGUCUGGAUCGGCCAACGAAGAUUUCCAGUCUCGCGUUGAUAGGAUCUUCGGAUCUCUCGCCUUCUCUCGCCCCUCGUCUUCUAAUUCUUCUACGUCUUCUGCUCCAGCUUCACGGCAAAAGCAAUCUGGCUCGGUGUGGUCUCUCUCCGACACAGACGUGGAGAAGCGAGAGUGGAAGCGAGAGCAGCUCGCUUCGUACGAUAGGGAAGAGAUGCCUUGUGCGUCGUCGUUCGAUGAGCUGUUGAGACAGCAGAGGAUAUCGAGCACUGCUCGGAAGCCGUUCGAGGGAGAGGAUGAUGGAGGAGAAGGUGCUAACGAGGAUUUCGAUGAUGUUUGGAGCAUCCGAGCCUCCAUGGGUCUUGACCGCACUCUCGAUGACGAGGAAGAAGAAGAUGAGUUUGAUAAAGUGGCACUAGGUAAAGAGAAUGGCAGUGAAGGCUUGUAUAUGAAAGAUGUCCUUUGCAAAUCGUCUGGUGUGCGGACUCGGGAUCCUCGUGCUAACCAUGUUGCUGCAAAAAUUAGGCUCAAGGAAGACGAAAUCGAGGCCAGCAAAGUUGGCACUUUUGGCGAUCACUCCUCAAAGAGAAAAGAGGCACACUCAGAAGAAUCAUCCAAAGCUGUGCCACCAAAACCUAUACUAAAAAGGAAGGAGAAUAGUUCAGAUUCAGAAGCAAGGACUAGUAAGCGAGUCAGGUUUGAUUAUGUACCUGAAGAAACAUCCAAGAAGCCUGAAGAUACUUGUUCAGCUUAUUCCUCCAUAAAGAUCGUACUGGAUCAGGGCAAAAGUGGUGCUCAAGUACCAGAUUACUUGAUAAAUCCUUCGAAGUACACCUGUUACAGCUUUGAUCGAUCUUGCGAAUUGAAGGAGAAGUCCCAAACACGAGAGGACAUGGACGUUCCUAAGGCUGUUGAAGGAUUAGAGACUUCAGAGUCAGAAUCAGUCAAGAGAGUUUCCUUUAUCCCGCAGAAGAAGACCAAGGACGUAAGGGAAGACAGCAGUAACUGUAGUGAGCAGCCUGGUAGUGAGGCACAGCCUAGUGUAGCAGCUGCUCAGGUGGCAGAAGAUGAGAGAUCAAGUAAUGAAAUAGGAGAGUCAGAGAGCUCAACCAGUUUCCAAAGAAACGGUCGUCAAUAUCGUGCCAAGCAAAGUUUUGAUGAAACAGAUGUCUGAUCUUUCGGUUUGAUUGAAUCUCAUAUGAAAAUGUAUCGCCGAGAUGUAAAACAUGUAGCAUUGUUAAGCAGCAGCAUAGGUAAGAUGGUUUAAAUUUCUUGACU